CUUCGGUGCUUGGGAUCUUCGGGGGGGCGAGUGGGGGGCCGGACGCGCUCGCGACCUUCAUAUGCAUUUCGCAAACAUGUGGUCAACAUCUGGGUCUCGUCUCCUGGGUCUCCUGGCAUAAAGUUCUGUUGCUGAAGAUACUCGCUUUUAUCUUCGUACUACAGAUGAUCUUUAAAAACCGUAGUACGUGAGAUCUGUCGCCUAACAAAUCCAGACCGCCCAGAUCGAUGUUUGCAAAAGUGCAUACUUCAACAAGGCGUACGACAACGCGCAGGCGUUUAACGUGAACCCGCUGCUGGCAGACCGGCUGAAGAUGAAAAAGGUCAACGUCGCUGAGUACGCGCAGCACGACGUGGAGUUUGCGCGCAAUCUGCAGGCCGCCGUGCACCGGAGGAGCAAGGACUACUUGGAGCGACUGUACCACGGUCCGCCCGUGAGGCCCGCGAGCGGAGACGAGGGCUACUGGUCGGAGCCCGAGGUUCGGACCACGCGGGUGUCCCUGAAACAGAACCUGAUGCAACGCAGAGAAGCGACGUCGCAGGAGCGGGAGGGCUUGAAGGACGGGAGCCGGAUUGAGGAGCUCUACUCGCUCGCGGCGGGGGCGCUCCCCGAGUUUUGUAUCGCCUUUCCCCGGAAGGCGGACAACGACGGCAGCUGUCAGAGCAAGCUAUGCAUUUUUGCAAAAGCAUCGGUCUUCUACUACGCAUUGCAUGACAAAUAUAUUUUCCGUAAGCAAAAAAGGAAUUCGUCAUGCAGGUUAUCCGGUAUUCGCACGCAGACCUGUGAUGUUGCCAGACUGCAAUUCGUACGAAAGCGAUCAUGCCUUUGCAGCUGAUAGAAGCAGCUCCGGUACGAUUACGAGAAACAGAAAAUGGCCGUCGACGCGGAUUUGAAAGAAGUGCGGGGCAAAAUCGCGGUGGGGCCCAGCGACGAGACCAACCAGAUUGAAGGGAAGCUGCAGAAAGCCUUCGCCCGGUACGACGUGCUGCGCAAGGCUUUUGCCACGAAACUGGUCGCGUUCGCAAAGACCGCGUGGACUGCCCUGAGCACGUUUGACACCAACGCCGGCAUGGCAGGGCCGUCGUCGUUUGUGCAAACAGGUAGAGACCAACCACAUGGUCUCCGGAGUAAAAAGAAAGCAACGGAGCAGCUGGCGCACGGUGAACAACUGCGCUUUGACGACCCUUCUGACCGUUCUGAUUUGAAACUACUUGGGUCGUCCACCACUUCCGGCAGCGCUUCCCCUCGUCCUGCCGGGGCCUUGCAAAAGGAGGAACGGGUCGUGGAGCUGCGAAAAUCUGACGACCGAAAACAAGGUCCGCCCCCUCAUAGGGACCUGUUCACCGUCGCGGCGGGCUUGCUACAAAUGGCGAACGUGGAGCAGAAGGUCAUGCUGAAUUAUUACGACCACACGGACGUGGGACUGUCCACCGAGAUGGAGGCAAAAGGCAACGAGUUGUUGCAGGACCCGUUGCAGCUGCACCCGUUUGCCUACAACAACCGGAACACGGCCACGACAACCGUCGGCGCCGCCUUUGUCACCGUGCCGACGGACCCCCAGACGCAGGUGGAGCCCGCGGAAGACAUGACGUCGAGGACGCGGGCUUGGAAGAAGUGGAAGCAGGACACGCUGCAGGUCUUCCCGCAACUUGCGUUGCGCGUGCGCCAGCUCGCGCGGCUCGGCGACGGGCUGUACGGGCUGGGCAAACUCUUGGGCGCGGUU